AUGGGCCUCUUCAUUGUCUUCAAUAAUGGGAUUCGUUUGGGUGAUUCAUUUGCAAUCCUGCUUCUCCAAUCUUGGGUGAUUUGGGUUCCAUUAAUCUCCAAAUUAGGUGGUGAUUUUGUGGAGGACCGCCCCAGCAACGGCAGUGACGGAAGUUCAGUGGUGGAUGAUCAGAAAGGUCCACAGGUUGUGGAUAGUAGGGAUUCCUAUUUUUCGAACAAUUAUUACAUGGGUUGUGUGGCCAUAGGGGUGGAGGGUAUUCAAUCUGAGGAGGAGGAUGGCAGUGACGAUGGUGGCUGCUAUUUCUCGAAUUUGUUAGUGGCGGCCGAAGAGCAGCAGCAGCAGGAGGAGGUUAAGCAAUUAGGCUGGUAUAUUUGCCUCAGAUCAAAUUAUCAAAACCAGCCAAACAUAAUACGAGAUUACCCAACAAUAGUAAGGGAUCCCAUCAUCUUCUUCACUUGCUCUUGCACAGCAGCAGCCUCCUCUUUUAUUGAUUCUCUGGUGAAUAUACAUAAAAUUUAG